AUGGCCUCAUAUCCACCUGGUAGCUGUUGCACCCGUGGCCACCUCUUUGAGGGCGAGCCCAAAGGCAAGCAGGUCAAGCUCGAAGACGGGAAGACAAAUGCAUACAUCGCGUGUCCUCCGUCCAGCGGGUCGAAGGAGGGAGCUGGAAUUCUGUAUAUCCCAGACGUCUUCGGUAUAUGGCAGAACAGCAUGCUCUUGGCGGAUGCCUUUGCCGCCAGCGGGUACACAACCCUCGUCGUCGACAUCUUUAGCGGCGAUGCUCUAAAGUUCCCCUUGCCUGAGGACUUUGAUCUGAUGACUUGGAUUGAGCAAGGCACGGAUGGUAGCAGUCCGCAUACGCCCGACUUUAUUGACCCCAUCAUUGUAUCGGGAAUCAAAACGUUGCAAUCUCGGGGCAUCAAGAUGAUCGGGGCAGCUGGGUAUUGUUUUGGGGCAAAGUACGUGGUGCGCCAUUACAAGAACGGCAUUGCCGUUGGCUACACUGCGCAUCCAUCUUUCGUGGACGAUGAAGAGCUGGCUGCCAUCACUGGUCCCUUGGCCAUUUCGGCUGCUGAAAUUGAUGCGAUUUCUCCUGCUGAAAAGCGCCAUCAGUCUGAAGUGAUCUUGUCUCGGACGGGACAACCUUACCAGAUUACCCUAUUCCAGGGUGUUGAGCACGGCUUUGCAACCAAAGGUGAUCCGUCAGUCAAGGUUGCCAGGUUUGCCAAGGAGCAGGCAUUUGCGCAGGCCGUGGCAUGGUUUGAUGAGUUUCUUGUCAGGGUGUAGCGGUAGUCGAGUCAGAUAUCACACCAAAUUACACCAAAAGACGGUACCAAGUCCUGUCGGUAACUCUGAGUUUGGAGUGGUUGUUUUUGCACAAGAAUCCGUGCUAGC